GUCUAGAAGAGGGGAUCCAUAUGACCUGCCUGGAAGUGGGGGUCUACCGUACACCGACAGUGACAUCUCAGAUUACGAUGACAGUGUAGGAGUUGUGUCAGGCUAUAGUGGGCGUGGGGAUGGUGCUAGCGUUAGCUCCAUGGGUAGCUCCUGUCCGGGCAGCGAGGAAUUUUCAGACAUCAGUAGCGAAAGAAUGACCCAAAGAGAGCAGGAACGCCUGCCCUCUCCCUUGCCUGGCCAAGAAGAGCUUCAGCACCGAGGUAGGAAAUACUCAGUUGGGGACACGUUAACAGUUCCAGAAAAUGCCGCAGGAAGGCACAAGACACGGGGGACGGGAAAUGGAGAGAUUGCCUACGACCAGAGACAACAGAGGUCAAGAUCACCUGGUCGCCAACGAGUUCCAGACGGAGGCUUGAGGGAGGAGCGUGAAAGGGGUCGUGACCGAGAGAGGGUGUUGUCACCCUCAGAAAUGAGAGCUGCACGGGAAGAGAUUGAGCUACAGCGGGAACGUGUGGCAGCUAUCAUGUUAGCUGAGGCAGAGCUUAGAGCUCACCAUGCCAACCAAGAUGAGAGAAAACUUUUGCAAGAAAGAGAAAAUUCCAUCUUGCCAUCAGAAGUGAGAGGAAUAGUAGCAGAGAGAGGAAAAAAUCGAAUUCUGGAGGAAAUGAUAUCACCAGAAGUGAGAAGAAUUCACCACACAGAGAAGGAUGUAUCAUGGGAGAGAGGACAUACCAUGAACAUACUCUCAGAAAUGAGGGGUAUGGUAGCAGAAAGAGAAGAGAGAACUCUGGAGAGAGAAAUGAGGGCCGUUUCUCCAGAAAUGAGAGGGAGCCAGUCCCCAAGACUAAAGAGGGAGAGAAGCCGGGAGUUAGAAAACAAUAUGAAUCUUACUCUCGACUUAAGAGGAGUGACAGACAGUAGAGAUAGAGAGGAGAGAGAGAGGGGGAGAGAGAGGGAGAGGAACAGGAUGAAUCAACCCACGAACAUUAGAGCUGUGAGAGAAGAGCGAGAGAGAGGCCGUACAGUGUCGCCCCCAGCCAUGAGAGGCAAGGAAGUCUCCACCAGGGUGAGAAGUUUAUCCCAAACCCGUGGGUCCAGCCCCCAAAGUACACCUUCCCCAAAGAAACGACAGCUCCCGCAGAUUCCACCACAGGCCCAGGGAGCAGGGAGAGACAGAGUAACUCAAGAUCUAGAAGAGCGUGCCAGACAGAUGAAGAUGAGGAUGAAGGUGCCAGGAGGUGGUGGGAUGUCUGAUAGUGAAGCAGGAUACAGAUCCCACUCGCGGGACCGACGGGAGUCCUCCAUGGACCGUUAUUACCGGGAAGGUCGAAUGCAAGAUCCCUAUGGUGGAGAGAUGGGAGAUGAACCCUGGCUCAGUGAUGGAUCGGAGACGAGUGUCAUGUCGGAGAUGUCAAAGGUCAGCACCAUCAGCGUGAGGUCAACACAGUCAGAAAAGCCCCGUAGGAAAUUAAGUGAGUUUGCAUCUAAAAUGGAGAGUCGUGGACCACCAUCCAGGCGGAAUGUAAACCGAACCCAAAGCAGUGGAGAUCUGAACUCCAGCGAGCAAGCAGAUGGCAGUAUGUCAGACUCUGCCGUCUCCUCGGGGAUGACAGAAAGACGUAAGAGGCGCCCUAGCAUUGGAGUUAAGAUGGCGGCUCUCAUGGGGCUGUCUAAAAAGAGUAGCAGCGCCUCCCAGCUCUCGGCUACGGCAGAUGAUAAUUCAAAGAGAGCUAAGAAAAUGAAAGGAAAAACACUUCGCUCUUUUCUCGGCAAAAACUCAGAUUCAGGUACCAAAAAAUCCAAAAGUAAAAGUACAUUUCAACGCAGUGAGGAAAUAGGAACCAUUCCCCCAGGUAACCUUGGUGGCAUGGGUAGCCAUGGCGACCAGAUGGCAAUGAUGCUGGGUCAUGGGUCACAGUCACCUCUCCGAGGGCGUAUGAUCAAGCAGGCCAGUAAGGACUCCACUGAUGGAAGUAUAGGGAGCAUUAGCAGCGAUUCAUCUUCGAUGUGGCUUCCCCAAGGCAUGAGAGUGGGCCCAGAGGGUCAGUUUGGGGACUUUGUGGACAAUCUCGGACCUGGUCAGUUAGUUGGCCGACAGGUGUUGGGGCUGUCCUGUCUGGGUGAUAUCCAGCUCAGUCUCAGCGAAAAGAAAGGUCACCUGGAGGUUGAGGUCAUCAGGGCGAGGGGUUUGCAGCAGAAAAGUGGGGCAAAGAUAUUACCAGCCCCCUAUGUGAAAGUGUACUUAAUGGAAGGAAAGAAUUGUGCUGAAAAGCAGAAGACCAUCAUUGCCAGGCGAACGCUGGAUCCUCUGUAUCAACAACAGAUUGUUUUCAAUGAGGAUUACCAUGGGAAAGUAGUUCAGGUCACAGUUUGGGGCGAUUACGGGAGAAUGGAACGCAAAGUAUUCAUGGGCGUGGCUCAGAUUUUACUGGAUGAUUUAGAUCUGUCAAACAUUGUGAUUGGUUGGUAUAAACUGUUCCCUGCCUCCUCAUUGGUCAAUGCAGGCAGUAGUGGGAGUGGCGGAGGCAGCGGUGGGUCAACUCGACGUAACUCUUCCUCCUCUUUGGACAGUCAAUAUAAUAGCGCCUCUAGUUCAGUCAGGUGAUGUUGUGACUGGGCACAGCAAGGGGGGUAAAACAGGGUUGCUAAAAUCCCAAGAGUAGUCCUCAAAAUGAAUAGGUCUAUUCUUUAUAACAUCAUUUUAAAUUUUUAAAGAAUUGGAAUCAGUAGUAUUAAGAUUUCAUAGAAUUCUUGCCCUGCGUAUGCCUUCCUAGAGAUACAAAUUGACAUGCAUUGCGGAUUUCUUUUUCAUCUUCUCAUGCCAAAUAAAUUAUGACUAGGCACGUUAGGGCUGAUUUGACUCAUUUCCUAUGCCACAAAGAUGAUUAUUAUAUAAUUGCAGUGAUAUUUACAAAGUAGAGGAAAAUCAUUGAUAAAGAAAUGAAUUCCUUCGUGACAAGAGGAUUUAUAUUCUAGACGUACCUGUACAACAAGGAGGAGGGAAGUCUGAAGAAACUUUUUGUUGGAAUAUUUUUUUUGUUUUUUCCUACUUUGUGAUAAUUGAAGAAUUGAAACAUUGUGUUGUAUCAUUGUUAUAAUUAUUUUUUCAUUAUUAAACAGGGCUUCUACUUACCUUGAAGACCCUUUGAAUUAUUUGUUUAUUGUAGAGUGUUAAAUAGAGCAAUUUCUCACCAAAUUUGAACAAAAAUUUGAUCAAUUAUAUAGAUUGAAAAAUGUUUAAAAAUUGGUUACAAUUCUGACAGGAGCCAUUAUUGUGAAAGGCAAAAAGUUUUAAAACUUGAAAAUAUCCAGUGUUUUUAACAAGUGAAUGUUUAAAUUUUUGACCCCUAUGAGAAAACGAGUAGAGACAUAUAAGCUGUCUUUAAGAGAUAGUUCUAGUGUAGAAUAGUGUAUUAUAGUGUGAAUUACAUAGAUUAGAUUUCAUACAGUGUAUGUGGACAGUUGAAGAGCACUGAGUGUACAUACUUUACCCUGCCACCAUAUCUAGCAGUAAAAAAAGGCCCAUAUUGGGUCAGUAUUGGUUAGACUGAGUCUUAUCCGGGUUGGCCGUGGGUCAUAAGUGGGUUGACUACGAAUCUCAGCUGGUUUAGUUGUGAGUUCCAUUUGGAGUAAACAACAGGUUCCAUUUUGUUAGGACAUCGGAUUCAAGUGGGUUGAACAUUGAUCUAAAUUUGGCUAAAGCCACAGACCAAUGAAAAUCAACUUAUAACAGACCGAAAAUAAUAUUUGGAUUGAGAGCAAACCUUUUUGACCCAAUGUUUAGACCCCCCCCCCUCACUCAAAAAAAAAAAA